AUGCUUCAGUCUCAGAAACUGGAGCAACAAAAUUACGAAACAUUUAAUAAGGCAUAUAUUAAGUCAAAACAACUUAUAACGGAAGGUGUUUCAAUAGAUGAAAUGUCGAGGAAUGAUGACGAACAAAAAAAACGGUCAGCAAUGGAGAAAUACCGUAUGGGCAUCGAAUAUUUUGAAAAGGCUUUGAAAAUAUCACCAAAUAGAGUACGUCCCGAGAAACGAGGUGAAGUUGAGAAACAUCGUGAAGCAAUGAAACGAAAUUUAGAAGCGACAAAGGGAAGACUCAGUGACCUGGAAAAAAUGUUUCCAUCGACAGGGAAUCGAAAUUUGCAGCGUAGGCCUGUUCAGUUUGUUCCACCUUCAGUUAGCAAGCCGCAAGUGGUCCAACCAUCCGAUAGGCAUAUCACUUCUGAAAAAAAGAACAAUCAUUUGAAUGGUCGUACUCAGAACAAUCUCCUAAAGGGUGUCGAUGACAAAUUUGGUGGACCAUUACUGAAUGAAAUUUUGAAUCAAGAUGACGUAAGGAUGAGCGAUAUUGUAGGUGCCGAAGCAGCCAAACGGGCCUUAGAAGAAACAGUUAUUCUUCCAACUGUUAAUCCAUCCUUAUUUUCUGGUCUUCGUCAACCUGCGCAGGGAAUUUUGCUAUUUGGUCCACCAGGAAACGGCAAAACAUUACUUGCUCGUGCUGUAGCUUCAGAAUGCAGUUCAACAAUGUUCUUGAAUAUUUCGGCAGCUUCGCUAACUUCGAAAUGGGUUGGUGAUGCUGAAAAAAUUGUUCGUGCCCUAUUUCAAAUUGCUCGUAAUGGGCAGCCAACAAUCAUAUUCAUCGAUGAAAUUGACUCUAUUCUGUGUGAACGCAGUGAAAAAGAAACUGAGGUUUCAAGGCGUAUGAAAACGGAAUUUUUAAUUCAAAUGGAUGGUAUGCUAUCGUCAAAAGACGAUCGUUUACUGGUGAUUGGUGCAACGAAUCGUCCUGAGGAGCUUGAUUCAGCCAUUCUGCGCCGAUUUCCGAAACGAAUUCUCAUUGAUGUACCAAAUGCAGCAGCACGCCUUAAACUAAUUAUAUUAUUGCUCGAGAAAACGAAAACUUUGUUUGAUUUAGGUCUUGCACAAAGGCAAAUUUUGGCGGAGCGGACGCAUGGAUAUUCCAAUUCCGAUCUCGUUGCACUUUGUCGUGAAGCAGCAAUGAUACCAAUUCGUGAUCUGUCUCGUAAAGAUAUAAAGGAUUUGACCAGUACGGAAGUUCGCCCAAUAACAUUGCAUGAUUUUGAAGUUGCAAUGAAAGCUAUCAAACCUUCAACAAAUGAGCAAAUGCUACAGAAGUUACGAAAAUAUGCGACAACAACUGGACAAUGCGAUUGA